GGAAAUGCCUGUCCAAUUGGGUAAGUCCUUUUAAUGGAUACGUUGGAAUAGGGUUUAAAGAAAUUGAACAACUGAAAUUUGAUGCCUGAAACACCCAGCCAUCCGUACCGCAGGUCAUGUGACGCGUCACGUGAAUAACAAAAAUAAUUUUUUUUUUUUUUCACUUCUUUUGGUCUUUCAUCUUUUCAUUUCCACAGUUUUGACCCCACAGACAAUGUCGGUGCAUAAUGAAAGAUCAGAGUCUCCGGACACCAUGUCGUACCAGGACCAGAUCUCCAAUAUCAGCAACUCAAACAUCGACUAUAAGACGUUUUCCAAACACUUGCCCAACCAAAAUGAUAACCUUAAAUUACCCGGAGGUGAUAUAACCAGAGACUUAUACCAGCAACUUGAUUCUCCUCCAAUUAGAAGAACACGGAGUUCGUCAUUCAGCACGUACCUCAGUCACUCGAGAAGAGAGUCCACUGCUUCGGAUAUCAACAUCCCAGGAGGGUUCAGAAGAGAAUUCUUGAUUAAUAAAUCAGUGCAACAGAAUCAAAAACCACCGAAUUUUUUAACUAAUAACUUUAUUGAAUUUUUAAGCAUAUACGGACACUUUGCCGGGGAAGAUUUUUCCGAUGAUGAAAAUUAUGAAUUUGAAGAAGUAUUCGACGAAGAAAGCCCUCUUUUAAGAAAUCAUAACCAACCACAACAGACCCCACCAACGGCAUCAACUUUGAAAACCUUCUUUUUGGUUUUCAAAAGUCUUGUUGGUUCAGGAGUGUUAUUUUUACCGAGAGCGUUUUUAAAUGGAGGGUUACUUUUUUCAAUAAUUACCUUGAUUAGUUUUGGGUUUUUAACCUUUUUAUGUUAUUUAACUUUAAUCAAAUCAAAAAGAAUCCUUGGAUUUAACUCCUUUGGUGAAUUGGGGUUUAACACUUAUGGUAAACCUUUGAAAAUUUGUAUUUUAAUUUCAAUUCUUAUUUCCCAAAUUGGGUUUGUUGCCACUUAUAUCUUAUUCACCGCUUCAAAUAUAACUAGUUUUUUAUCAAACUUAUUCAAUUAUAAUAUUAAUACUGCAAACGUUGUUUUACUUCAGUGUUUUUUAUUGAUCCCCCUUGUUCUAAUAAGAAAUUUAACUAAAUUGUCUUUAACUUCAUUAAUCAGUUCCAUAUUCAUCUUAAUUGGUUUAAUCAUCAUUUUCUAUUUCUCCGGACUACAAUUACUUGAAAAUGGUUUGGGUCCCAACAUUGUUAAUUUCAAUUCAAAAUCCUGGUCAAUGCUUAUUGGGGUCGCAGUAACCUCAUUCGAAGGUAUUGGUCUAAUACUACCAAUUGAAUCUUCAAUGGCCAACCCUGAGAAAUUCCCCUUUGUAUUGCUGAUUAGUAUGCUAUUCAUCACUUCUUUAUUCGUGGCUAUUGGUGUCAUUGGUUAUACUGCAUUUGGGGAAAACGUUAAAUCAAUCAUCAUUUUAAACUUACCCCAAUCAAACUUUUCAGUUCAAUCAAUUUUAAUUCUUUAUUCUCUAGCAGUUUUCUUAACGGCCCCUCUUCAAUUAUUCCCAGCCAUUAAAAUAGGUGAAUCAAUCCUCUUCAAUAAUUCAAAAACUGAAAAUAAUGGUAAACUUUAUCAUAAUUCAGGUAAGUACAACCCCAAAGUUAAAUGGUUGAAAAAUAUCUUUAGAUCAAUUGUCGUUAUACUUAUUUGUACCAUUGCUUACUUGAAUUCAAAUAACAUCGAUAAAUUUGUCAGUUUAAAUGGUUGUUUUGCUUGUAUCCCCCUAGUUUACAUUUAUCCUCCUUUGAUUCAUCUAAAAACUUAUAAAGUGAAAGCCCAAAAUGACUUACAAGGUAAGCUCUUCAAAGUAUUUGACUACAUCCUCAUCCUAGUAGGUAUCCUAGCAGUGGUUUAUACCACUUAUCAAAUUCUAUUCAAUAACUAAAUAUUCGCAUCAUUGAUUCCCGUAUACUUCUUGCCCCUUCUGUGAUCUCCGAUUCCUUCUUACAUCGUUGAUUCGCUCAUUUUGAUUCUCAUUCUGAAUCUCAUUGUUCUUUUUACGUUCUCUUACAUUUCUAGUGCUUUAUCAAUAACUAUGACUAACAUCG